CACUGCUUAGGACGGCCAAACCAGAGCUGCUUGACAGGUGCCCACUGUAAGGCAUCUUAAAUGAAAUUAAGAAAUUCUUGUAUUCAGGCAGACUGAGGAGAUACGUUCAGAAAUGACCAUGCUUUCCCGGGUAAAUUGGCUCUGGAUGCUUCUAUGUGGGAUGCUGGGUGUAGUCUUUCUUGUUACACAGGCGGAAGAAUCUGAGAAAGCAGUCACAUUUAGCCAUGUGUACAGAAUUGACUCUGGUUGUAAGCAGGACUUGCAGGCAGUUUUGGCUUCCCAGGACCAAGCAUCAGCAGGUCAGGUUAUGAUGGUGAAUGGAGAGAAGGAAAUUGUUUUCAAGCACAACAUUAAGUUUCCAUUAUCUAGCUGCAACUGUUCUGAUUCCGAGGAAUUUAAAACUCUCCUAUACCGUGUCAAUGGUUUGGAGGAGGAGGUUACCUACCUGAAGUCCCAGUGCAGUAAGGGCUGCUGCAGCGGAAGCUCAGGUGUGGACACAAGCUGCAGUGGUCAUGGUGUAUACCAGCAUAACACCUGCAGCUGCAAAUGUGAUUCUGGCUGGGAGGGUCCAGAUUGCUCAAUCUCCACCUGUCCGGAUAACUGUAAUGAUAAUGGCUACUGUGUAGAUGGACAAUGCGUUUGCCACACUGGUUACACAGGCCAUGACUGUGGCCUGCCCACAUGUCCUGAUGACUGUAAUGACAAAGGCCACUGCGUGGAUGGCAAGUGUGUGUGCUUUGAGAGCUUCUCUGGAGACACCUGCGGCAUUCAGAAAUGCCUAAAUGACUGCAAAGAAAAUGGUCGCUGUAUUGAUGGACAGUGUCUCUGCGACGAGGGAUUUUUUGGAAAUGACUGCUCUAUGGUAUUGGGUCCUAAAGAUUUGCAUGUGAUCAUGGUGACUGAUGUGUCCCUGCUGGUGGAGUGGGAACAUGUAAAAAAAGCAGAGUACUACCUGCUCUCCUACUAUCCUUUUGGAAAUGAGGGAGCCAUUCAAGAGAUCCAUGUACCCAAAACCGAAAAUUCCUACUUGAUCACAGGCCUUAAACCUGGAGUUACCUAUAUUGUGCAAGUGAAGGCUGUCAUUAAGGGCAUUAGCAGUGAAUCAGAUCAUAUUACAGCCACAACAGAUUUGUCUGGUGUAGAAAAUGUUCGUGUACUUGGACAGACAGAGGACUCUAUCCAGGUGGACUGGCAGAACCCAGAAACAGUGGUGGAUUAUUUUAAACUGCGUCAUGCCAGUCCAGAUGGCCAAGAGGAGCUGGAAAAUGUAGCCAGGAGUCAGGAGGCUAGGACAGUGCACACUAUUAUAGGCCUUAUUCCAGGUACUGAGUACCAGAUAUCAGUGCACGCCAUCAAAGGAAGCAAUGAGGGCAAACCAUCCCAUGCAAUAGGAGUCACAGACAUUGACUCUCCAAAUAACCUGGUUACUAGGGACGUAACCGAGACCACAGUGACUGUGAUGUGGGAGAAGGUCCGUGCUGAGAUUGAUGGCUACAUUCUGGCCUAUAGCUCUGCUGAGGGCUCCAGUGAGGAGAUCCAUGUAGGAGCAGAUGCUACUUCCUACCAGCUCACAUCACUGAAACCUGGGGUUCUGUACACCAUCUUCCUCUGGGCCCAGAAGGGUUCUCGUAUGAGCAAGAAGAUCUCGUCGGAGGCUGAGACGGAACUUGAUGCACCUACUAAUGUCUUGGUAAGAGAAGUGACUGAAGACUCAGCGACAGUGUCAUGGGACAGAGUCCAAGCAGAAAUAGAUGGCUACAUACUGAGUUACAGUUCUGCUGAUGGCUCCAGUGAUGAGGUGCAGGUGGGAGCAGACAGCACCUCCUACCAGUUCAGUCGUCUGAGACCAGGAGUUGCAUAUACAGUCUACAUCUGGGCAAUAAAAGGCUCUCGUUCCAGCAGGAAAGCUACAACAGAGACUGAAACAGGAAUUGAUGCUCCAAGGAAUCUAAAAGCCCUUGAUGUUAUGAGGAAUUCUGCAGCUCUAACUUGGAAACCUCCUCAGGCUCACAUUGACGGCUACAUUAUUAGUUACAGACCUGAAGAUGAUAGUAGGCAGACUGUAGAGAAGAACUUUGUGGCAGGACAAGACAGAUUUAGCCUCUCGGGUCUGGCCACAGGGAAGACGUAUAUUGUCACUUUGAUUGCCUAUAGAGGUUUAAAAAGGAGUAAAGUGGUGGAGAUCAUAUUUGUCACUGGAGUGGCCUAUCCCUUCCCUAUGGACUGCACACAGAUCAUGAGCAAUGGUAACAUGAAGAGUGGUGUUUACACUAUCUAUGUGGUCAAUGACCAAAAAAAACCCAUGCAGGUGUACUGUGAUAUGACUACAGAUGGUGGUGGCUGGAUUGUCUUUCAGAAACGCAACUCUGGCAAACUAAGUUUUAUGAAGCGGUGGAGACAAUACGUGGAAGGCUUUGGAGAGCUCACUGAUGAAUUCUGGCUUGGUCUGGCAAACAUCCAUGCAUUGACCAACACAAGCACCACGUAUGAAGUGCGCUUUGAUCUGGGCCUUGAAAGCGAUCAUGCCUAUGCCAUCUAUGAUGACUUUAAAGUCGGAUCAGCCAAGCAGAAAUUUAAACUCACUAUUGGCAAUUACAGAGGAAAUGCAGGUGAUGCCAUGACCUACCACCAGGGCAGACCUUUCACUACUAUAGACUCAGACAAUGAUAUUGCCCUGGGCAAUUGUGCUUUUACACACAGUGGUGCCUGGUGGUACAAAAAUUGUCACUUAGCCAACUUAAAUGGCAAAUUUGAGGACAACAGGCACAGCAUGGGGGUAAACUGGGAGCCAUGGAAGGGUCACCUCAUGUCUCUGGACUCUACAGAAAUUAAGAUCCGCCCUGUGAACACAGCUAGCCGAAAGAAGAGAUCACUCAAGAAAAGAGCAGCUGCUUAAUGAUCUGCAGAGCAAACUGACCUUUGACAAACUGAAGUUGAA